AUGCGACAGGUCCCUAGCGCACGCGUUUCCGCCGAUGCACAUGGCGGUUACACCGACUCCGCCGCCGCCAGCCAGUCCCUUGACAUCGGAAGCUGUGCCCUCGUCACUGAGAACGAAAUGGAGCUCGAGUUGGAGACUGGCAGCAUGAUGCCUCGCGGGCGCUCUUUCACCAAAAUUGGAUUCAUCGCGCAAAGAGACGUCUCAUUCUCACCUGUGCCACCCUCGUCUGCGUCGUCAUCGCCAGUCGUCGGGUCGACGAGAGACUUGGUAGCCGAGUCUUCAGUUCCGAAUACACCACCCAUAUCCGGAUUCUCGAGGCCAGAAUCAUCUCUAUCGUUUUUAUCGUCACCUCGAAAUUUCUCAAGCUCCUCGUCCGCCAUCGACCGCGACGGCUCCAUCGAGGACGCCAUCAUUACACAACAGCACAUUGAAGCGUACCGAGACCUGUCCCCUAGCAGUGUAGGGAGUCCUGUACCACAAUUCAUAAUGCCAAACCUCCGAAUCCCGCGCCGUCGUCCUUUUACCGAUGUUGGGCGGUCGCUGGGCAAGUUACGGCUGCUUGUUCUGGGGUCCCCAGGCACUGGCAAAACUUCCAUUAUCCGCUCCAUAUCCCAAUCCUGCGAGCACAUCGUUCACAUCGAUGCCGUGAAUACGAAUUUCAAUGGUCCAGUGUUGGAGAUUCAUGGCAGCACGCGUCCAUAUCAAUGGUGGCGAACAGAGAAUCCAUCCGAGACGCUUAGGCGGCGGAGAUCAUCUACCUCUGUGGAGGAGAUUUUGGACAGAAAUAUUUCUUUUCUAGAUUUUACGCCCCAGAGACCUGCCAGGGCCGCUCACGCUGUCGAUUUUCUCGAAUCAGCUUUGAUACCACUGUUGGAAAAGCAAAUGGCUGACACCGAUUUGGUUUCGCUACUGAGCGGUGGCAACGAAUCCAUCGUGCAUGCAGUAUUGUACAUGCUUCCAUCAACUGGUCUCACCAAAACAGACGCGGACGCAUUGUCCCGCCUUCAGACUGUCACAAACAUCAUCCCGCUACUUGCUCGCUCUGACGAAAUUGACGAACCAGCCAUUGAGGGUUUCAAGCAGAAACUACGAGAUGAGAUAGACGAUAUGGGCAUUGAUGUCUUCUCUUUUGCUCUCUUAAACGAGAGCGAUGACCACACUGGCGUUUUUGCCGUAUCCAACGUCACACAAGCAGAGAGUGACGUGAUGGAUGCAAGUUUUCUCAUGAAUUCUGCUUACAUCGAGCCGCUACUACCUACGGAUCUCAAGUCUCUUGUUGAGAAUAUAUUUUCUUUGGAGGGUGCAUCGCGACUGAGGCACUCCGCGGCCGUCAAGGCCGUGAAAUGGGCACAUGAACAGCAUCGACAGCAUCUGUCCAAGUCGGCCCUGACACGAUUCAACUCUGGCCACUCAACCGUCACAAUAGACCCCUUUUUUCAAGUGAAAGACUUGCGCCGGCUUGAGGCCUCGAGUUGGGCGCAGAGCCUACGACAGAGCUUGGAAUCGGAGCGCAUUAUAAAUGCCACCACCUCCACACAGCUCAUCGCGCGUGCCUCGGGAACCGUGACGCGACGACAGGACCGCCGCGGAAGCGGCCGUAAAAAACGACAUGCUCACCAUACUUGCGAUCAAGACCCCCUAGGCUUGGUCAGACUGGCAGCGCAGGUGAAGAGUACGGGGGCAUUCGCUGUUGAACUUAUCGGCGGCAUCGGAGUUGUCGGAUAUCUUGCGCUCUGCUUGAUGAAGCCCGAGUUUGCGGAUCGUAAUAUGCAGCUUUUCUCGCCAUCUUUUUUGGCAAUUUAG